GAUUGAGGAUUCCUUUCCCGUUUCAAGUUUCCACUUUUCAGUAAUAAUGGCGCAUUUGUUGAAGGUGGAUAUAUUCCUGUAAAAUUAGUGUGUUAACAGUGUAGUGAAGUGAAAAUAAACUGUUUUGAUGCCUUAUCACAGGCGCUUGUGUGUCAAAAUGCCGGAUUACGACGACGAGGUGACCGUCGUGGACGUGUAUGACUUGGCGUCGGACAUUGGUAAAGAAUGUGAAAUAAUUAUCGAGAAAUAUGGCCCUGAAGCUGUAACGGCUCUAUUGCCCAAAGUGAUAAACACACUGGAACUAUUAGAAAACCUCGCCGUACGGAAUGAAAAGGAAAACCAGGCGCUGCACGAGUUGACGGCGAAGAUAUCGCAGCUAGAAAACGAUAAGAUAGAAAAGGCAGAAUACAGACAACGGUUCGAAAAGGAAAUUGAAGCCAUCGAAGAGCAAUGGCGAACAGAGUCGGCAGAUUUGGUAACAGCAGUCGCACGCUUACAAGAAGAGAACAAACGCUUAAGACGGACCUUAAACUCACCGGCUGCAGAUGGCACAAGCGCUCCACCAUCGCCGGCCAGGGAGCACGACCAGGAGGUGUUGUCUCGACUCAGCAGCACGGCCGAGAAGCAGCGGGCCACGCUGCGCCGACAGGAGAACCAGCUGCAGGAGAAACAGCAGAUGAUUGAAAGUUUGACGAAUCAAGUGGAGAAGUAUGCGCAGGUCGCGAGGGAUCUCCGACGGAAGCACAAGCAGCUACAAAAUCAGUUGCGGUUAGUAUGCGAGGAGCGGUCGGAGCUGUCCGCGAUCGUGCAGUCGCAGCAGAGGGACCUGGCCGCUAUACAGCAGUCGGACGCACAGAACAAGUGCACAUCAUGCGGCGUGGCGCUGGCGGACGGCGGCGACGACGAGGACCAGUCGUCGAAGCCGACGUUCAGCGUGCGCGAGCUGCGCGCCAUACUACACGAGCGGAACGAGCUCAAGACCAAGCUCAUCCGGGCCGAGGAGCAGCUGCAGGCGAUGCAGGUCGAGCCACAGCCUGACAGUACGAGCUCAGCAGACACGUCGCCAUCAAUAAGCACUACGGCGGCGGACGACGAGGCCCCCGUGCAGGGGCCCCUGCCCGCCGAACCCGACGACGCCCCGUGGAAGAGGAACAGCGGCAUCAGGAAGUUGUGGCUUCUGUGGCUGUUGCGAUGUACAAUAAAAAAGUUCACAAGAUCCAACAGCACGGAAAAUUAAUCGUAUUUAUUCUGAAUAUGAACUUUGCAUUCCAUUUUUGAAAAUGUGUUUAUUUUUAAUGUUUUAUGCUGUGUGCUUACUUUAACUGUGAUUUUAAUACUUGAGUUUUAAUGUUACUGAAUAGCUGUUGAAGGCUCGAUUAUAGCUCUGAUAGAAGCUCGUUAGCGGCCUAACUUCCAAUUUUACUAACCGACUUCCAAAAAGGAGGUUCUUGUAUUUUAUCUCUCGACCUAACGGCGUAGUUGUCGUAUUUUAGUACCACUGCUUAGUCGGAGUAUUCCAAAACAGUAGCUCGACAAUAAACAUUACAAAAGACAGACUUCUAGAUGUAGCAACUUUAAAUCUAGACAGUAGGUACGUCAAAUUUUUAUCUACAAACUCUUGCAGAAUAAUAAGACUAAACACCACCUCAUUAUAGAAAAUAGUUAUAGGAAAAAUAUAUCAGGGAAAGUUCAGAACUUCAGAGUCUGAAGUUCAGACACAGGGUAGGUUCGGAUCAUUUAAGUUAACGCAAAAGGCGAGACUGCACUAGUCGACACUUCGCUGUAGCCGAGCGACAUAGAAUUGACGUUUUGUGUCGCGUAGCGUCGCUACCGCGCAGUGCAGCUUGCAUGCGAUUUCAUAAAGAAUAUUAUGCCGUGACGUGUCGUGUCGCUUUGCUGCAGUGGAGGUACGCCCAGUGCGGUCUCAUCUUGAAUGAGCAAAUAUUCUAUUGCCUAGCUUAAUAUGGCGUAGAUAUCGUACCGUGGUAUCAGGCGAAUAAAAAUCUUGAUCUAGCAUUACUUAUCUUGAAUAAUUGCCCGCACUUACCCUGUUUUCACUUACCCUGACUCCUACUGUUGUUUAUCAAUUCGCUUGUAGUAUUUUGUAGCUUUAAGUUAGUAAACGACCUUUAUUUACUGAAGAUGUAUUUAUUAGCUUUACUCAUAAUAUAUCCUAGACGUGGAGUCUUUGUUAUCGCAUAGAACUACUGUAGGUACGGUUUCCUUGGCUAUGAAGUGGUUUAUAUGUCAUGUGAUGGGCGUCAGACCCGGAAUUUUUGCGUGAUCGCGCUUGUGCCAAUUUUAAAAAUGGAAUUUGUAGUUUUUAAGCCCGAUUUUUUCAAAAAUAAUAAUUGGUGUUAGCAUUCCUGUUCAAUCUAUGUAACCAGUUGCUGCUUUUAGCGUGUAUCUUUUUGUCGUGUUUUGCAAGUAUGUCCCCAAUCUAAACUUUUUUUUAAAUUACUUAAUUAAAUUACUGGCGCCUAACGAAAACUAGUCAAGUACUCGGUUCUAGGUUCUGUAAUUAGAUGUAAGCUUUAUUUUGUAGACGGGGGAGUGUCAGUAGCGGACCUAACCCAGUGCAUCAAAACUCCUGUAACUCCCCCGUCGGUUUACGGCCGUUCCCAAUAUUCAAUCUAGCUCUGGUUUGACAUACAUGAU